AGCGCCGAAUUUGAAUCGGCCGAGGGCGCUGCAUUCUCCUGAAGCUGCAAAGCCGGAAGCGACCAAUGCCGCGGCCCGGGCGGGAGGGCGCGGAGUGGACCAACUCGGCCGGCGGGGGAAGCAGGCGCGGCCCUGCGAUGAACUCCCGGAUAAGUCUGGCCAUGGAUCGCUUGCUGAAGCGCAGCCGAAGGAGGUUCGCGUCCUCCAUGAUCGCCAUCGUGGAAAAGUACAAUGUCCCCUUUGAUGAUGAUAUGAUUGUGACUAUUGGAUCAAUGACUUACUCAACACAUGAUGGGGAAAAGGUUUGGGGUGAAGAGUCAACCUCUGAAAUUAUGGCUCGAUCUUAUAAGAUCACUAUGCAACGUCAACAAAACAUAGAAACACAAAAGCAGCAGACUUCUGAUUUUGAAAACGAGGGUUGUGAAGCUUAUAAGUCAUUUGAAACAGAGCUGUGUGGAGAGAGUCAACUUAAUACAGAUCACAAGAACAAUGUUGAGCUGCCAUCCAUUAAAAGAAACAUGGAGAGCAUAUCUAUCAAGAAGAGUAUUCUUCCCAUGUGCUCUUCUGGGUCACCUGUGAAGAAUAAAUGCAGAGUGAAAAUGGACUUGUUGUUGGAGGAUGGUAUCAGCUCUGCUUCGAAAGUGCUUACGGUUGUAAGAACAAAAACAAUGGAUUGUCAUCAGUGGCGUCCUUUCCAAGGGUUGGAUGAUGUCUCCUUGAGUGGCCAUCCUGAUGUGGUCCUAAGGAAGGAAAUGCUGUCUACAAAUGGACAAUCUGCAUUGCUGGGUCAUCAGCUGUCUAAUCCAGAUGCUUCAAAUUUAAUCAAUAGGACCACGAUCCCUAGAAAUCAGUCCCUUUGGGGGAAUAACGAAAGUGGCUUCAGUAGCUUUUUUGAAAUGUAUGAGUCUGCAGAUGAACAUUGUUCUUGGAAUAACGUCACAUUAGCAGAUUUGUAUCCAAACAUGGUGAAGACACUUAGCAGACUGUGGCAGAAAGCCUCUUUCUUUCCAUUAACUAGAAGUAACAAAUAUGGCUAUUGGCACGCAAAGAAAGGAAAGCUUAAUACUAGCAAAGAGAGAAUAAGGAACAUCAGACGAUUAAAGUUGAAAUCUAGCUUCACAGUAACAGAUGAAGAACACAAGAAACAUCAACUAUCUAUGAGAAAUGUGAGAAGUAACAGUCCUCUUGAUGAUUAUAAGCAUCAAACCGAGUUUUCAGAGAACAAUGCGACUAGAGAGGUGUCUUCCGUAUGCUGUGAUACAAAUAGCAUGGAAAUAGACUCUUCUGGAUUCGUGGAAGGUCAUACGUAUGCUGAAGAUGUGGGACAAAAUGACAUGGAAACUCCAAUUUUUUCUAGAAAUAUUUCUUCAGAAGAAACGUUUCUAGUCAGAAGUCCAAAAUGCACUUCAUUAUCUUUAGACUCUGUAGAACUAAGUCAUCCUUUUGAGGUGUCUUGUGCAAUUGACAGUUCAGAUUCAGGAGGAGUAUUUAAUCUAACAAUAGAAGAUAAACCUGCAGAAAUGAACACAAUUGCAUUCAAGAGUGCCUCGAAUUUAAGCUUGUCCUUUAAUGAUACCGCAAAUUCCAGUUUGCAAAACAACAAUAUUUCUUCAGUAAAAACUUCAAAUACAUUACUGGGGAAUCAUGAGACUAAAACGUUCAAUAAAGCCAUUUCAUUACAGCGGAGUUAUUCGCUAUCAUCGCUUCCUGUUAAUCGAAGUCAGAAAUUUGAAGAUGCAUUUGAAAAAAUGUAUAAGGAACUUUGUUCUCCAAUAUUGCAGAAGUCACUUACGUUUUCAAAUAGGUGUACAAGUCCAGGGAAGUCUGCAAAAUUAUGUACAUCUAGUUUUAAUGGUGUAUCUUCAGAACUGCAUCAGAAAUGUAAUGAUACAUUUGAUAGCAUAUACCAACAAUUGUGUUCUGAAGUGUUUCCCAAAAGUCCUACAUUUCUGAGAGCAGCAAACCUAAAAAGAAAGUAUGAAGGAUUACAUAUGUCUGAAACUGUAAAUGCUCUAGUUAAUUCCCCAGUAAGAACUUCACCAGUAGUUUCCAGAAUUAAAAGAGCAGCAAACUUCUUCAGUGAGGACUCUAAAUGUUCACCCAUAAAAAGAUUUAAAAACCUAUCUGAUAACUCUUAUAGAGUUUGUCAAAAACUGCCUUCCUGGAAACAUAAUCUUCAAAAAGUUGAUACGACUUUCACAGUGUGUACUCCUAAUAUAAACUAUUGGACUUCACAUAUGGAUUCUGGAUUCCCCGUGUCUUUGAAUCACAGUUUUCUGACUGCUCCAAGCACAAAUAGGACAGAAUCCAGGAUAGCAGAUGUAAAUGAAAAUAUUUCCAACUGUUUGCCAAGUUGUGUCUCUCUUGGAGGAUCACAAAACUGUACAAUAGAUGCAUUAAUUAUUUAUGAAAAUGGUGAGAGGAGGAUUUCCAGUUGCUUGAACUGCCAUGAUAAGCAAAUGAGAAGUAAAAAUGCCAAAGAACUUGUAUGUAAAGAUUAUGAAGGAUCAUCUCUGCAAGGGUAUUCAAGGGAACCUCAUAAUUUUUAAGCAAAAGCGUAACUUAAUUGUAUCCUUAGUGCCUUUUCAUGCAAGAAAGGAACAUCGUCCCAAAUGGUCUUUUCAUGACUGGAAACAGAAAACACUCUCCUUAAUCUUGCAACCCACUAACUCCUCUUACAGAAGAUGCAAGAAGAGCAGAUGUUAAAAGCAUGCAGAGGCUACAAAAGGAAGAGGGGUCUCCGAGUACUUUGUUUCAUGAGGAAUGAAUCCAAUCCUUUAUAUUUAUUUGUUGUUGAAGGCCAUUUAAGAAAAGAAUAACCUCCCAGCAGUUAACUAGAGACCACAUCUAUAGCAUUGGGACAAUCCUAUUUUUUGCUUCAAGAGCCCAUGAGCCAUUUGGCUUUUUAAGAGAACGUGAUGUUCCUCCUUGAAAGCUUCUCAAAUUUAAGUGUUCUUUAAUGAGAACAGAUCUUUUUGUACAUCGCUUGUACAUACCUUCAGCUAUUUUGCUUGGCUAAUCAAGAUGUAUUCUUAAUCCAUAAUAUUAUGUAACAGCCUUUUAUAUGAGCACCAGCUUUAGAUACAGAGCAUUAUUCUAUUUCUGAAAGUACUUUAUUUGAAAAUAAUUCUAUAUUUCAAAUUUAAUUUUUAACAUGUUGGAGUGCACAUUUGACAGUUGUAUAUCUUUAUUGCCUAAUAAAUCUUUAUAUAUGGUUGUAUUAUA